GCCUGCGCCUUCCGGCGGGGCGGGGCAGGGCCCGGGAAGGUGACCCGGCGGCCGGCUGCGCGCCCCGGCUCAGCCAGCAUGCCGGCGCUGCAGAGCCCGGCCGCUCUUGCGACACUGGUGAGCGGAGCCUGCGCGAGGGCGGCGGGCUGCUGGGUAAGGAGUUCUUCAGGUACCUCUUCGUCCCCUUCCCAGCCAGCAAUUGCAGCCAAACACCCAUACCAAGUGGACUUGAAGGCAGGAAAGCUUUAUGCUUGGUGCGCCUGUGGCCACAGCAAGAAACAGCCUUUCUGUGAUGGAUCCCAUAAAACUGCAACCCCAGAUCUCUCUCCCCUGAGGUUCCGGCUGGAUGAGGCCAAGAGCGCCUGGCUGUGUGGGUGCAAACACACCAAAUCCCCUCCUUACUGCGACGGCACCCACAAGGAGGAGUUCGUUCAGAAAGCAAAGCUCCCUGGGCAGCCUUGAUGGGGGGCUUCCUAUCCUGACACCAGCGGGGGGACCUUGCAGCUUGUUUCGAGGGGUGGGGGGCUGCAGGAAUGGGAAGAUGUUCAGGCUUUCAGUGUUUUCCGGUGUAUUGGAUCAAGUUGUCCGAACAGCUCCAGGUUCCAUUCUUAUUUCCCUGUACAUGAAGUUCUGUACAGACCAGGCCAAACACACACAUGGGCACCAGGGUGGUGGCUUCUUCCAGCUGCUGAGAAGGAUCAAAUAAAAGCGACAAGGCCUUUUUCACGUUGCUGGCACAAAGAGAAAGAUGGGUUUGGUCUGCAUUGUUGCAUCUCGGUGUUAUAAAAUAAAUCCCAGCAUUACAAGAACAGAGCCGACUGGGUGGCUAAUAAAUAGGUUCUCUGCAAAGAAACUUCUAGCCCAUGGGAGCAAAUGGGAUCCCAAUGCACAAAUGUUGUAGGAGGAAAACUGCAUGUCAUGAUCUAUCGCCGGUUCCUCUGGGCUGUCCCUGCCACCUUUGUAAACCAUAAAAAAAUGAGGAACUUUGUUGGCUGCAGAUUAGAAAGCCUGCCGCUCAUAUGAGCCCAGCUGUUCCCGUUUGCCUUGUCCCCAGCCUGAUUGUAGCUGGAGCCUGUUUCUUGGGUGACUUUGUUUUCAGUUCAGGCUGGAGAUUUCCCACCGCCCCCCACCCCCCCCGACCUCAAUUGAAUUAUUCCUCGGUGAGCUGACACUUGAUGACUCGUGGAAGUAAAGUGAAGCACAUACCCAAGUGGUUGCAGGAUCAGGGCCCAAUUGUUUAAAUUAAAGGUGGCCUGCAAAGGGGAAAAUAGGCUUGUUGUGGUUUUUCUUCUUUAUGAUCGAUAAAAAGAACCUGAAGAAUUGGGAGGUUUGGGCUUUGAAAAGCUGGGGGGGGGGGUCUUUUCUGCUUGCCUCUUUCCUCAGGGAUGUCAAGUUUUGUGUAGUUCUCUGUUUCUGGUGGAGGAGUCCCUGGAGGACUCAAAGCUGCAAAUUGAAAAUUUUCUCAGCCCUCCAACAGAAGGAGUGUCAAAGCCUUUCAAAGAGAUUUUAUUUGUGAACUCCUUUUCACUCAAAACUUCGAAAACCCCACCGUUUUAAGCAGUUGAAAUGAAAACCAUCAUGACUUCCCUUCUGAAUGAAAUGACGUGUCACUUCCUUGCUGUCUGCCGUAAACCUCCAAGUUCAAGUUUUCCAUAGACUCUCCCAGAAAAGACAAGAUCUGAAUUUCUAAGGCCUUGUCUACACACGCCCAAGUUGUAUCAGUUUAACUAUAUGGGUGGAUCCAUUUAUACUGGUAUAAAGGUGCGUAUAUUGGGAUAACUAUUCGCAUAUGGGUUGGGGAAUAAGUUAUAUUUGUGCAAGGCACUUUUGUAUACCAGUGUAACUGCUAGGGAUUGUAUUGGUGUAACUUUAACGGUUAAACAAAAUCACACCCUUCAGUGUAUCUAGUUAUACAGGUGCAAAAUCUGUGCGUAGCCGAGGCCUUAAUAUAUAAAAAAACAAGCAGAAGAAAAAGUAGCAAAAAAGCAACUUUUCAGGCCUUCUUAACUCAUAAUCAAGAAGCAAAAAACCACAUUUCUUUUUCUUUCCAGGUCUUUUUUUAACAGUCAAGUUGCUCUUUCCUCUCCUGUCUUUGUUCUCACAAAGGGUUUCUUACAGGGCAGUUUUUUAACACGAUGGGGAGACCUGUAACUGACAAACCGCAACGUUUUUGUUGACCUCUGUUUAGACGACAGGUAAAAUUUUCAAAAAUGCCUACGUCAUUGGAAUUCAGUGGGACUUAGGUGCAGACCGUCAAAGGUAUUUAGGCACCUACCUCCCAUUGAGAUCAGUGGGAGUUAGGCAUUUAAACACCUUUGGAGAAUCUGGCCCUUAAGUGCCUUAUUGCUGAUCUACACAGAAAGUUGUACCAGUUUGACAAAAGGUAUGAUUUAAACUAGCGCUGUUUUGUUUGUGGAACAAACUGGUUUAUGUUGCUUUAGCUUGUGCAUACUUAAAACGUGAUGAGAGUGUCCACACACCAAAUUGCAUCGGUUUCAUUAGAGCAGUAUAAAAGUUAAACCGAUGCUGCUUGUGUGUCUGUGUGUGUGGACGAGGGCUAAGUCCCUGAGGCGCUUUUAAACCUUUAACCCUGCAAGCCUGGUUCUCUGCUACACCCUCAUUUACACCAGUGCAAAACAAGCGAUCCUAGUGACAUGGUUGGAAACCAGAUCAGAAUGGCCAUGUUUUACACUGGCUUUAUACUAGUGUGAAUGAUGGUAUGAAUCGCCAGGGCCAUGGAAAAUUAGACCCUUCUUAAUUAGCCAAACAUUCAGAAUGGAAGAUGUGCUCGGUACAUCUGAAUGGCAUGGUUUUCUAUGAGUCGGUUUAUCUGGAAACCAGAGGAAGUUAUUUCUGCCAGUGCACAAGGGCAAUUGCUCCUGUAACAGACUGCCAUUACGGGGGAGUUCUUUGCACAAACCCCAGAGACUUCGAGAUGCUGCCAUAAUAAUAAACCAAACCCAGUUGUCAUGCAGAGACGCAACUUGUUCUUGUACCAUAGCAUCAGCCCUAACAACUCAGUGGUCGGGGCUUCAGGAGAUUGCAAGGGACCCCUCUUUCUCUUGAAUGGUUGUUUUGAUUAUGAAAUGGUUAAUAAAAUAUUAAGAUCCA